AUGUUCGGAAGCAGUGGAACCGAACCUACAAUUUCUGACUUCUUUGGACUUUCUCAUUUCAUUCCAUUUUUUUUUACACAUCUCAGUUCGUUCUCCACUGGCACAAUGUUUUACACUUUCCGUGGUUAUAACAAACUCAACACUGAUGAAGAGAAGGAACGCUCCAUACGCAGCGUGACGGAAAGCACUUCACCUUGCGCGUACUGUGUAGGUCAUGCCCAUACUCAACCUCGAGCUUUGUUCAUGCAAUAUCUUGGAUGGUUCUUGCUACUUUCACUGUCUGUUUUUGUGGUCUUUUCAAACGGAUACUUGAGAUCUUCGAGCAUCAAGCGGCUUAUAACCCAAACGAGUUCAUAUUCUCCUAUACUGAAAGAUUUGGAUCCGGGACUUCAAGAAUUCCGCUUCAAUGGUUCUAUUCGCUGGCCAUCGCCAUAUCGAGGGCCUCCAACCAAAGAAAUUGAUGCUGCGUGGAAUCGUAUUUCAAUUGUCCGGCCGCUGGAUCUUGAUAUUUUGAAGGAGAACUUCCAUACCAUUGGCGUCAAUCCAGAUACAGCGGCAACAAAUGCUCCAGAGCACGGUGGCGGGUACUUCAUGGUACCGGAGUUCACACACCAGCUUCACUGCGUGAAUCUGCUUCGUAAAGCGUCAUAUUUUAAGUAUGACUAUUAUAAAAUCAAUGACCCUGACUUCGGCGACAAGGAAGAAACAUUCAAGGUUCAUCUUGAUCACUGCGUCGAAAUGCUACGCCAAUUUGUGAUGUGUCAUGCAGAUGUCACCAUCGUGACUGCUCACUGGAUCGAACAACGUAGCAGACCAUGGCCUGAUUUUAAUACCAAGCAUGUGUGUAGAGAUUUCGAAAAGGUACUCGAUUGGACAAACAGACAUUCAAAGCCCGCAGGGACUCCGUUGAUCCCUCUGAAGCCGGAGGGUGCCAUGGCAAUGAGUUCGCCGCCAUAA